AUGAUGGAGGAGAGUCUGGAGACAGAUGGCCCCAGAUCCUCCAUGCCGGCUGAGCUCCACCAUCCCCACUCCAAGUACUCUCAGUGGAAGUUUAAACUGUUUAGGCUCAAGUCAAUGGAGAAGGCCCCUCUGCCCAGUGCCUCUCAGCCUGAGAAAGGAGCCGUGUUAGGGAUCUCACCUCCUGCAGAUCUGAAUACAGAGUUAGAUAAUGACAUAAGCCCAGGGAGUGUCAUGAAAUUAUGCCUAGGAGGAAAAAGCAAGGAAAAUGUAGAGGGCCCUGGCCGGCGGGUGGACAAGAAGCUACAGGAAAUGGACAUCCACAUGAACCACCUCAGGUGCUUGUGCCGUCUUUGCGGAACGGCCCUGAGAAAAGUCAAAGGACCAGUGCACGAUGUUCAUGGGGAUCUGGAUGAGGUCAGCAAAGGUUCCCUUCGUAGAAUGGGCUGCAAGUUCACAAGCUGGCCAGGUGUACUUCUCAAAGUCUUCAAAGUGGAUGUGACAGAGGACACAGAAUCUGUCCACCCUCUUUCCUUCUGCCAUCGUUGCUGGGUGGUCGCCAUACGAGGAGGGGGCUUCUGCAGUUUCUCUAGAACGAGAGUCCCCGAGUGGAAACCUCACUCUAACACCUGUCAUCUCUGCUCACCCAGAAAACCUUCAUUCCAGCGGACUAGGAGGAAGAGGCGAAAAGCCAUUCCCAGAGCCCAAACUCUGGCAAAAAGAGCCAGGUGGGAUAAUGGAGACAGCAUUGCUGUUGGUGAAAAGAGGGUUCUGAGACCAUUUGGAGACCCUCAUCAUGGCCCUGUGCUCAAGGCAUGGAGGAAUCCCCGCAUACAGAGAGAGCAAUGGGUCAGAAAUAUCACCCACUGCCAGAAAGACCACCUGAACACCAAGCUGAUCUCUGAGAAGCUCCCUGUAGACUUCCUCUUUUCUUUCACCUGCCUGGUGUGUGACCACCUGCUCUCUGAUCCAGUCCAGUCCCCCUGCGGGCACCUGUUCUGCCACAGCUGUAUUAUUAAAUACAUCCACGUUCUGGGGCCUCUCUGCCCAGCCUGCAACUUGACGUGUGCCCCCAAUGAUCUGACCUCGCCUGCCAAAGCCUUCUUAUCAGCCUUACACUCCCUGCCUCUGCUCUGCCCCUGUGGCAAGCAGGUAAGGGUUGACUCAUUUAAAGCCCAUUGUCAGAGCCAUGAGCUGGAUGAACAGGAUGGAAAACAGCAGAUAUCCAAACUUGACAGCUACCUGCUCACCAAUAAAGGGGGAAGACCCCGUCAGCACCUGCUAUCGCUAACACGUCGGGCCCAGAAGCAUCGGCUGAGGGAUAUGAAGAACCAGCUGAAGGCAUUUGCAGAUAAAGAGGAAGGUGGUGACCUGAAGUCUGUGUGCCAGACUCUCUUUCUGCUUGCACUGAGGUCUGGGAAUGAACACCGACAGGCAGACGAGCUAGAGGCCAUAAUGCAAGGCAGAGGGUUUGGGCUGCAUCCUGCUGUGUGCUUGGCCAUUCGGGUCAACACCUUCCUGAGCUGCAGCCAGUAUCACAAGAUGUACCGGACUGUCAAAGCCACCAGUGGCCGCCAGAUCUUUCAGCCGCUGCACACCCUGCGAGCUGCAGAGAGGGAGCUUCUCCCUGGCUUCCUCGAGUUUGAAUGGCAGCCAGCUCUCAAGAAUGUGUCUACAUCUUGCAAUGUUGGCAUUAUUAACGGGCUCUCUGGAUGGACUUCCUCGGUGGAUGACUUCCCAGCUGACACCAUCACUCGCAGGUUUCGCUACGAUGUGGCUCUGGUGUCAGCAAUAAAGGAUCUGGAGGAGGACAUCAUGGAGGGGCUCAGAGAGGCUGGUAUGGAAGACAGUACUUGUACCUCAGGCUUCAGUGUCAAGAUCAAAGAAUCCUGUGAUGGCAUGGGCGAUGUAAGUGAGAAACAUGGCGGGGGACCAGCUGUCCCUGAGAAGGCUGUACGUUUUUCUUUUACUGUCAUGUCUGUCUCUGUCAAGCCAGACAACGAGGAGAAGGAGGUUACCAUUUUCACUGAGCCCAAGCCGAACUCAGAACUGUCAUGUAAGCCCCUUUGCCUGAUGUUUGUGGACGAGUCAGACCAUGAGACACUCACAGCUGUCCUGGGGCCUGUAGUUGCCGAGCGUAAGGCAAUGAAGGGGAGCAGGCUCAUCCUAUCCUUGGGUGGACUAGCUCGCUCCUUCCGAUUCCACUUCAGAGGUACAGGAUACGAUGAGAAGAUGGUGCGUGAGAUGGAGGGCCUUGAAGCCUCUGGGUCCACCUAUGUCUGCACUCUCUGUGACUCCACCCGGGCAGAGGCCUCUGAAAACAUGGUGCUACAUUCGGUCACCCGCAAUCAUGUAGAGAACUUGGAUCGCUACGAGAUAUGGAGAACCAACCCCUUUUCCGAGUCUGUAGACGAGCUGCGGGACAGAGUCAAAGGUGUCUCCGCCAAGCCGUUCAUGGAGAUGCACCCCACGCUGGAUGCGCUACACUGUGACAUUGGCAAUGCCACAGAGUUCUACAAAAUCUUCCAGGACGAGAUCGGGGAGGUGUACAAAAAGGUCAACCCCAGUCGGGAGGAGCGGCGCAGCUGGAGGGCAGCCCUGGAUAAACAGCUGAGGAAAAAGCUGAAGGUCAAACCGGUCAUGAGGAUGAAUGGGAACUAUGCCCGCAGGCUAAUGACCCAGGAGGCUGCGGAUGUGGUGUGUGAGCUGGUGCCCUCAGAGGAGCGGAGGAAAGCCCUCAGGGAGCUUAUGAGUAUAUACGUCCAGAUGAAGCCCGUGUGGCGUGCCACCUGCCCUGCCAAGGAGUGCCCCGACCAGCUGUGCCGCUUCAGCUUUAACUCACAGCGCUUUGCAGACCUUCUCUCUUCUACCUUCAAAUAUAGAUACAAUGGAAAGAUAACCAAUUAUUUGCACAAGACCCUGGCCCAUGUGCCUGAAAUCAUAGAGAGAGAUGGAUCCAUAGGAGCCUGGGCCAGCGAAGGGAACGAGUCGGCAAACAAACUGUUCAGGCGUUUCCGUAAAAUGAAUGCUCGUCAGUCAAAGGCCUUUGAGCUUGAGGACGUGUUGAAACAUCACUGGCUGUACACUUCCAAAUACUUGCAGAAGUUCAUGGAAGCUCACAAGGACUCUUCCAAAGCUCUGCAAGCCACCAUUGACCCAGUAGAGAGCCAGGAUUAUGAGGACAUGUCUCUGGACAUUCUUAAAGUUUGA